AUGGUUUAUAUACACAUCAACAAGUGCAACUCUGCAAUAGUUCUCCGCUCCGAUUCAAAGAUGUCUGAUCUUCCAAGUGAUAUAGAGGAGGAGGUGCUCUCUAGGCUUCCGGUGACAUCUCUAGGAAAACUGCGACUGACCUGCAAAAAGUGGAACACUUUAACGAAAGAUGAGAGUUUUUUAAAGAAACAGAGGAAGAAGGGAACUGAGAUGGUGAUGAUGCUUGGACAUAAAGUUUCCUUGAUGAGCUUUGAUCUCCUAAACUCAUUAUCUAUAGAGCGUAUAGGUAAUCUCAAUGCAGAUGGAGUUUACAUAUCUGAAGUCAUUCACUGCGAGGGUUUGUUCUUAUGCAUCACUACCAAAGACAAGGAGGACGACUCAUCUAGUCUUUUUGUUUUGAACCCUCUUUUGGGACAAACAAAGUGGAUCGAACCUAUGAAGUCUUGUUGCCAAAUAUGCGAGAACUACGCUUUUGGAUACGAUAAAGAAGAGAAGAUACAUAAAAUCUUGAGAUUUGUGAAUGAGUACUACUCGAAUGGCAACAGAGUUUGCGAGUUUGGGGUGUACAGUUUACAAAACUCCAGUUCAUGGAAGGUGGUCGAUGAUUUCGCUCCGGACUGGAGUAUUUCGUAUAACCACAGUGGCUUGUCUUUAAAGGGAAACACUUACUGGUAUGCUCAAGAAAGGAACAGACCAGGACGGAUACCACAAAACAACCCUGAUUUCUUACUCUCUUUUGAUUUCACAACUGAAAGAUUUGGACCGCGCUUGCCUCUGCCAUUCCAUGCUUCUUUUGAAGAUACUGUGACUCUUUCUAGUGUUAGAGAAGAGCAGCUUGUGGUGCUAUUUCAUAAUUUCUAUGCAUCUUUCAUCAAGAUAUGGAUAACUAAUAAGAUUGAGCCCAAUGCAGUGUCGUGGGACAACUUGUUCUUAGAUGUUGAUCUGGAACGUGUAGGCAUUUGUCUUCAGGUUUCUAGUUUCGCUGGGAGUUUCUUCGUUGACGAGGAGAAGAAGGUCGCAGUGGUUCUUUAUAAAGAAAGAGAAUAUGUUGGCUCCCUAACGAGCAACAUUGUGUAUGUCAUUGGAAAUAAGAGAUGCUUCAAAGUGAAUCUUGGAGAAUCUUUGGACAAAGGGUAUCGCCCAUUUGUGUGCUCUUAUGUUCCAAGCUUAGUGCGAAUCCGAAACACAGCCUAAACAUUUUUAUCUGUAUUUGUGCCAAAAAAAAAAACUCUAUUAAUGCUCCCAACAUCACAUGGUUAAACCCCUGCCGAGAGGAACCAAAAUGCAAGAGCAAGAUAUGGCAUGAUAUUUUCUAUUACAUUUGUUAUUUUAUGGGGUUGUACUGAACUAAUGAUUUUGGAAUAUUUAAGG